CAGUUCUGGGGCAGUAUGGGGGUCCCACCUGCCCCCUCACCCCUCUGUUCUGCCCCCCAGGAGAAGUUCAGCCCCGUGAAAUAUUUCUCCAUCGACCGCGUGUUCCGCAACGAGAGCCUGGACGCGACGCACCUGGCUGAGUUCCACCAGGUGGAGGGGCUGGUGGCCGACCGGGGGCUCACGCUGGGCCACCUCAUGGGCGUCCUGCGGCAGUUCUUCAGCAAGCUGGGGAUCUCGCAGCUGCGCUUCAAACCCGCCUACAACCCCUACACCGAGCCCAGCAUGGAGGUGUUCAGCUACCACGAGGGGCUGAAGAAGUGGGUGGAGGUGGGGAACUCGGGGGUCUUCCGCCCCGAGCUGCUGCUGCCCAUGGGGCUCCCCGAGAACGUCUCGGUCAUUGCCUGGGGGCUCUCGCUGGAGCGACCCACCAUGAUCAAAUACGGCAUCAACAACAUCCGCGAGCUCGUGGGGCACCGCGUCAACCUGCAGAUGGUCUACGAUAGCCCCAUGUGCCGCCUGGACGUAUGACCUCCCCCUCCCCACACGGGGGUCCCCUCAUUUUGGGGAGGGGUCCCCACCCCAAAUAAAGUGCGGUGUCCUGCA